CUUCUUUGUGGCUAGACCAAUAAGAUUUGCGAGAAGACUUAAGAGUCCUCCCCUUGGCCGCGGGAAGCCCUGGUUCUUCAGGCGGGCCCCCAGGCUCCCUGGUGAAUUUAGCCUGGAACCUGGUCCUCCUUUUUCUUUCUUUCUUUCUUUUUUCCCUUUCCUUUCCUCCCUGUCACGUGAAGCGGCAGUCGGAGACUGGCACUUCCUCAGGACACGUGACGCGGCAGUGCAGUGGCUUUCGGUCCCCUCCUCCUAAGGCUGCUGCCUCUGCGCCCGCUUCUCCUCCCGCCGCCGAGCUCACUCUCCAUCCUCCCUCCGCCUCCCCCCUCCCCUCCCCAGAGGAGCGCGCCUCCAACUCGCCGCGGGGAGCCGGGGCUGGAACCGAGUGCUCGGGCUGCUGCUGUCCAGAAGAGAUGUCUUAUUUAUAAGAGUUGCUUCCAACAAGAGUCAUGGUGGAUGUAGGAAAGUGGCCAAUAUUUACCCUGCUCUCACCUCAGGAGAUUGCUUCUAUUCGGAAAGCAUGUGUCUUUGGCACAUCAGCUAAUGAAGCCAUCUAUGUUACCCAUAGUGAUGAGGUGUUUGUAUUUGGACUGAACUGUAGUAACUGUCUGGGGACCGGGGAUAAUCAGAGCACCAUUGUACCCAAAAAACUAGAGGCAUUGUGUGGAAAGAAGAUUAAGAGCCUUAGUUAUGGAAGUGGGCCGCAUGUGCUUCUUAGCACUGAAGAUGGAGUGGUUUAUGCGUGGGGUCACAAUGGAUAUAGCCAACUUGGGAACGGAACAACAAACCAAGGCAUUGCUCCGAUUCAAGUUUGUACUAAUCUCUUGAUUAAGCAAGUAAUUGAAGUUGCUUGUGGCUCACAUCAUUCUAUGGCUCUUGCAGCUGAUGGAGAGGUUUAUGCUUGGGGUUAUAAUAACUGUGGUCAAGUGGGAUCUGGAUCUACAGCAAAUCAACCAACACCUCGGAAGGUCACAAAUUGUUUACACAUAAAGAGGGUUGUCAGCAUAGCUUGUGGUCAGACUUCUUCUAUGGCUGUAUUGGACAAUGGUGAGGUAUAUGGCUGGGGUUACAAUGGCAAUGGGCAGCUAGGCCUUGGAAAUAAUGGCAAUCAGCUGACCCCUUGCAGAGUGGCAGCUUUACACAGUGUGUGUGUUCUUCAGAUUGUCUGCGGCUAUGCACACACACUAGCACUAACAGAUGAGGGCUUGCUGUAUGCCUGGGGAGCUAACACUUAUGGGCAGCUAGGAACUGGCAAUAAAAGUAACCUGCUAAGCCCAGCACAGAUCAUGGUGGAAAAAGAAAGGGUGGUCGAGAUCGCAGCCUGCCAUUCGGCACACACCUCAGCAGCCAAGACCCAAGGGGGCCAUGUGUACAUGUGGGGCCAGUGUCGGGGCCAGUCAGUGAUUCUUCCUCACCUCACCCAUUUCUCCUGCACAGACGAUGUGUUCGCCUGCUUUGCCACUCCCGCUGUGACUUGGCGCCUUCUGUCUGUAGAGCAUGAAGACUUUCUGACAGUUGCAGAAUCAUUGAAGAAAGAGUUUGAUAGUCCAGAUACUGCAGAUCUGAAGUUCCGAGUGGAUGGAAAAUACAUUUAUGUCCAUAAAGCUGUUUUAAAAAUCCGAUGUGAACAUUUUCGAACUAUGUUCCAGUCUUACUGGAAUGAAGACAUGAAAGAGGUGAUAGAAAUAGACCAGUUUUCUUAUCCAGUGUAUCGUGCCUUUCUUCAGUACCUUUAUACAGAUACAGUUGACUUGCCACCUGAAGAUGCUAUUGGUCUUUUGGAUUUGGCUACAUCUUACUGUGAAAAUAGAUUGAAAAAACUUUGUCAGCACAUCAUCAAGCGAGGGAUUACUGUGGAGAAUGCCUUUUCGUUGCUCUCUGCUGCAGUCAGAUACGAUGCAGAGGAUUUAGAAGAAUUCUGCUUUAAGUUUUGCGUCAAUCAUUUGACAGAAGUUACACAGACUGCAGCAUUUUGGCAAAUGGAUGGCCCUCUACUAAAGGAAUUCAUUGCUAAGGCCAGUAAAUGUGGAGCCUUUAAGAACUGAACCAUAUGGCUGUGAGUUGUGUGUGUGUGAGUGUGUGUG